UCUACACUCAACCGGCAUUUUUUUUUUCCGACAAUGUUGAACAGAGGCAAACUUAUUCUUUCAAAGCAUUGCGUAUAUUAACCGUAUUUCUUCAACAUCCAAAAUCAUCUAUAGCACAUUCAGCAAAGUUUUCGUCUACGACCAGUACGAGAAUUAUUUUUCACGACAACCAAGGGAUCAGAUUCAAGAAGUCCCAGCGAUUUAUUUUUUACCUCGGCGAACUCAUUUAUCAGGGGUCAACUGGCCCGCUCUCUCUAGGAAUUGCAUAAGUAAGCUCUUCUAAGUACUUUGUUUUAUUUUUCAAGAAAACCAGCAAAUUCGUGAUUGUCUUUGUCUGGCUCUUACUUGACCACGUGUAAAAUCCUAAUUAAUUUGAAGGGAAACACGACUCAACGUUUUUUCUGGAAGCCAUCUUUCCACUGGAUAUUCCGUUCAGCAGGAACAAGAACAACAGCAAAAGUAUAAAGAAGUGUGCAUACAAGUUGUAGUGUUUCAGUUUCUCUUCGUAUUCUGCCUAUCUUGUAGGGAUUUUCAAGUCGUUGCUCAGCACUUGCUUGUGGUCAUACUACUCAACAAAACGAAGAAUCCAAUCCUAUAUACGGUUGGCCUGCUUCUCAAUUUUAAUUUCUUCGAAACCGAAGUUAUUCUCGUUGUGCAAAAAGAAGAAACAACUCUGCAUAUCCACCACCUGUACGGCGACAUUUUGAAGAUAUCUUCAUCAAGUGAUACUAGAUAUUUAUGUCCGACAGCUUUUCAAUCUUAUCCGUAAGAACGAGGCGGGGAGAAUUUGUAUAAAUGUUGGCCAUGGAAAUCGAUCCCGCACACACGUAACACGAUCGCCCCAAAUGACGCCUGUUCUCAAUGGAAUGACACUUCUGAAUAGCCUGAACUAGCUAGAUCCUUAGGGAAAUGGUCAGAAUCUACCUAGAUCCUAAAGGAAUCUCUUCGCCAUGUUCCGCGAAUGCCCCAAAUACUACGAAGGCAAAGCCGUCAGGAUCGUAGUGAAAUGAAUGGACUCAGCUCGGUCCAGACGUUCAGAAUGGUCGCCCUGGGGGACUUGACUCCCGCCAGGGUCGAGCACCAAACCGAGAGGGUUGAGGGAUGGACUCCCAUGCUGUUUUGCCACUUGACUCUGAACCCGAUUGGUCCAUAUGAAUCUGAUGAAUUUGGAUGAAUUGAACCUACAGGAUGCAACGCAGCAAGAGACUUGCGUCACUUGCUUGCUUACUUGCAAUUGAGAGAAUUGAAGCUGUUGAUAACGAGCUCAGUGGAGCAAGCGUGUGUAAGUGUGUGCGAGUGUUCUCAAGUCCACUAGCACUACGCUACGCCUUGAGACUCUCUCAAGCUGGCUCCUAUAGUCAGAUAAGUUUAUUUGAAGAUGGGCCAAGAGGCGAAAUUGACGGAGAAGUUGUCCAGCGCGCAGGACUGGCGCGUCUGGCAUCGCGGAGUCACGAACGAGGUUUCUCGCCUCGGACUCCAGGAGUAUUGGGAUAAUCGUCUUGCUGGUAACCCUCCGGGGAUUCCGCAGGCGAACAAUACUGCCAAUAAUGCGACCCGGGAGAAGUGGCGCGACCUGAAGGAUGCCAUCUACAAGUCAUGCACCGGGUCCGUGUCCACGUGGGUCAACAGUCAGCACUACAUCAACGACGACGCUGCGCAACUGUUCAUGCGUAUUCGUGAUGUUGGUCGCUUCAAUGUUGCCUCCCGUGACCAGCAGCACAUCAAGACGUCCUCGAUCGACGCCAUGCAUUUCGACAACCGAGACGCGCCGAAGGAUGCUCCGACGUUCCUGGCCCAGAUCCACGACUUGAUGGAGAUGGCGCCGAGUGUCUACGUCCCGGAGCCCGGGCGUCCGAUUGAAGAUCAGCAUGUGAAGAACAUUCUGGACAAGUUGCCCAAGAUGUUUGCGUCGGCCUUCCGCCAGACCAUCGACCGCUGCGUGGACGAGUCCGAUCACAUCACCUUGCAGGAGAUCGGGAACCGUCUCGAGAAGAAGCUCGCGCAGCUGGUCAAGGAGGGGUCCUACAAGAUUGAGAACCCGUCCUUCGGCAAGGCCUUCCCGGUCGUCGAGGAGAAGUCGAAGAAGAACAAGAAGGGGAAUAAGCGUCAGAAAAAUGACGAUGAUGAUGAGGAGCCGGACUCCGCUGAUGAUGGUCAAAAUGCUUCUUCUGGCAAGGUGUUCUCGGCGAAAGCCUUGAAACGCAUGAAAGCCAAAUUACGCAAGCAGACCGAAGCGAGUGUCUUGGCUGCCCAUGGCCUGCCCCCGAAGCCUAACGCUAAGGGUGGAAGUGGCCAGAAAGGUGGUAAGACUGGUCGGAACCAGAGCACUCCCUACAACACUGUGACCAAACCCAAAUGCUGGAUCUGUGGCAAGGAAAACCAUAAGGCGGACCGUUGCCGCUGGAAUCCUAACAAUCAAGGGAAAGGUCAGUGGGGUGGUGUCUGGGGAAACCAGCAGCCGCAGUGGUGUCCGCCGGUGAACCAGAACCAGAUGAACAACCAGAAUCAAGGGCAGGGAGCCGGUGGAAAGCAGGGCGGUUGGGUCUGGCAAGGACCAGCCUGACAAGAUGAAGGAGGUGUUUAUAUCUCGGAGCAUGGUAGUUGUGCGCUGGACUUCGAGAAUUUAGAGGAGUUUGAUGUAGAUUCUUCUAGCUGUUUUACUGCACAGACCAGGGACGAAGUGAGCUUGGUCGAUUCAUGUGCAAGCAAGUACUUAUCUAGACUGACACAAGUCGGAUUUUAUCGACAUCUCGAGCAACGUCUGUCGAAUCAACGGCACGGCCGGGGCUCGUGAUGGUUUUGUAGGAAAACUGAAGGAAAACGCUCUAGGUUUGCCCUAUGGCGUCUACUUUAAACAUCUACCAAGAGAUAUUGGGCGUGUUCUUCCGUGGCUCGGUGAGGACAAUCUCAGUGAUCGUGGGUGGGAUCUGAACUACAACAGCUCUGGCGGUUCCUUGGUCAACAGGGAAACCGGUCAGAUGCUACCAAUCAAGAACCACGAGAGGUUGGCCCUCCCAGUCCUUGGGUGUGAUCUUUUCGCGAUGGGCCUCCGGGGCCAGACGACUAGAGACACCGCGGAGGAUAUUGCAUGCAUUGCAAUAGAAGAGAGUAUUGCUAGCUGUCAUCUUACGCGUCUAGAAACUAGAACAACAUAGAAGAUUCGGACGCUUUCAUGUAGAUGGUCUUAGUGUCCAGUGUCCUGAAUGCGACAAAGCGAAAGGCGCGAGAAGCUGGCUCUCACGCAAAAGAGCGAGACACUAGUAAUCACAAACCUGAGCCAUUGAAACUACUAGCGAUGGACUUCGCGGUAGGUAUUAAACCUGUAUCGAUUCGGUCACGCGCCUGCGUGCUUGUGGUCAUCUGUGAUGCCAUCAAGAAGUGUUUCUGUGUCCCUCUCAAGCUGAAAAGUGACUGCGUUGAGGUUUUGGGAGAGUUGAUCAAAGGCAUUCGCCAGAGCUACGCUUUGACCCUCGAGGACAAAGCGGCAUUGUUCGUCCGUAGGGACAAUGAGCCAGUUCUGGGCAGUGAGUCCAUGACCAAGGUCAUGCAAUCGCUGCGGGUCGGUGAUGCUCCUACGGUUCCCUACAACCCAGAGCAGAACGGAACCUGCGAACGCUUUACGCGGACCAUAUUCGGCACUGUGCGUGCGAUGUUGGUGAACGUGGGCAAGCGUCUGUGGUGUUACUCGGUCGAGUACGCUGCAGCAUGCUGGGACCGCCUUCCGCAUAAGUAUAGUAAAAUGCCUGAGUACGACGGAAAGACUCCUGCAGAAAUUCUGGAUGAGAGAACUGGAGGAAACAGCUCCAAAGUUGGCACAAGGAUGCUAAGGCGUUUCGGUUGUCUCGUUUAUUUUCGUGAACAAGUCAAGAAAGGCGAAGUCCAUGAAGCUCCUGGGGGGGGAGUAGAAGUGGUUGCUCCAAAGCUGUCCGCGCCAUUUCGUCGUGGUGUAAGUAUUUCUCGGCCUUUGUCCUAAGUCUUCGGGCUGGCGGGUUGGGACGUACGUCACGGACGGCCGGUCCGCCGCGGGACAUCGUUGGAUGGAGUAUUCUACCAUCGACGUCAAGUUCCGUGAGGAGUACCUCGUGAAGAAUACCGAAGACCUAGUUCCUAACUCGAAAGGUAUCUAUGUCGAGUGUGACGCAAUCGAGGCCCUACCUAGUGGAGCGUCGUGCGCGCCAUCUCUCCCGUGUGUCGGUCUGAUCAAAAGGGCUGAGCACCGGCUGGGGGCGGAUGCCUCGAAGCACACUGGUAGGCAGUCCGACGGUCCUGAAGAGACGUUGGUGGUUGAAAGUCUGGAUAGGGAAGAUGAUCCGGGCCAGAUACAUCCCGAGCCUGAAGGUGUUAAACCUGAGGAGGGGAAUCUGGACGAUCACCCCACUCACAGCAGCCUAUCUAGUCCAAGAAAGACGAGUCCGUCUCCGGCGCGGAUUGUGGCUGGCAACCGCAACUCCAAGCCGCGAGGUCGUGGCCGUCCCAAGGGGAGAAAGGACAAGAGAAAGCGCGUGAGACGUACCAAGAAAGAGCUCGCAGAAUUGAGAAAAGACGCUAGCGCGUUUGCCGCAGCAAUAGCAGCACAGGAUGAUCGAGAGGAAGGUGAGGAAUUCCUCGACGCCCAGUGUUGCUUGACUACAUCGGCCAAGUUGGAUCCCGCUCGCUGCAAAGACUCAGUCGAAUGGAACGCAGCAACCAACAAGGAAGAUUGUAGACGUGAAGCCUAUAAAGUGUGGGAGCCAGCUACUGACGAGGAGCUAGCGACCGCAAGACAGGUUUUGCCUAUUGUUAUACUUCUUGCCGAAAAGCGCGACGGUACGAAGAAAGCGCGAGCAGUAGUACUCGGUAAUCUAGAUCGUUCGGGCGAGCUGGACACUUUCGCUCCUGUAGUGUCCCAUGCCGCUAACAGGUUACUUCUAGCCGCUGCAGCCGCAGACGGUGAUGAUGUAAUCCCGUUCGACCUUGAUAGUGCGUUUCUCAAUGCCUUACUUGAUCGCGACGUCUUCUGCCGCUUGCCACCCAUCUGGGCGAAGAAGCACGGCGAGGAGAUCGUCAAGCUCAAGAAAGCGCUUUACGGCUUGAAAGACGCCCCCAGGCUCUGGCAUAAGAAGUAUGAGGAAGCACUGACCAAGCUAGGUUGGGAACCUUGUCCCUCUGCGCCAGGUCUGUGGAAGAAACCGAGCUUGGAGCACCCUGGGAAGUUUCUGAGGUUGGCAGUGUAUGUCGACGAUAAUCUUAUCACAGGUCCUCCGACUGGGUCCGAGUUGGCUGGAGAACUUGCGGAGAUCUUGCACCACGUAAAGGGGCGCACGAUCGACGUCGAGCUUGUUCCGGAGUUUAACUCUGUGUCCAAGAAGUUUGACUUCCUAGGGUCAAUAGUGUACUACAACUGGAAUCUACGAACCGUUAGGGUCGUGAUGUCAGAGUACAUAUCCAAGAUUUGUAAGAAAUUCCACGUCUCAGAAGCGGGCAAGCCGGUCCACUCGCCAAACUUCGAUGAGUCUGAACUCGCUAAAGAAGUUGAAGGAGCUAAAGUUGUUGAAGGUUUUCCCCUUCGAGAGGUCGCUGGCUCUCUGCAGUGGGCUGCAACCACUUGCAGGGUAGACAUUGUUGCCCCGGUUGCCACUGUCGCCAGAUACGUUGGCAAGCCGGCGACUCGGCCUGUCGUAAACGCCUGUAAGAAGAUUCUGCAGUAUCUAUUGACAACGAAGGAGCAGGGUCUGUCGUAUAGUCCGGAAAUUGAGGAGGAAUUCAACAGAAUCUACAGCAAGCUACUGCCCGAAGGGAGAGACUUGCUCGAUGUGAAUCUGUUUUCGGAUGCUAGUUUUGCGAACUGUUGCAAGACCAUGCGAAGCACUAGUGGUAGCAUUAUGUACUUCCGCGGCUUCCGGAUCUGUUGGCGUAGCAACCGGCAGACCGUGAGAGCGUACUCCACAGCGGAGGCGGAGUAUAUAGCUGCCUCCGACACUAUUGCGCUGAGCGAGCAGAAUGACUUUACGGAAUUCUUCAAACCUCUACCCACUGUAAUGGUGGAGAAGCAGAAUGGCUUAUCUCCCUCCUUGGGUGAUGCCAUAUUGUGGAUCGACAACCAGUCCGCGAUAACUACAGCUAAGAGCACAGACAACAAACCGAAAUCGAGGCACUACGCACUGCGAUAUCUCCGCGCGAGAGACGCAGCGAGUCAGUUCAUGCUCUGCCCGACCUACCUGAUGAAGGCAGACGGUCUCACGAAGCUCGAGCGUAGUUUGCCGCAGAGACGCUUACUCUUGCACCAUAUUGAUAACCCCGACCCUAAGGCUUUUACUUGUGACUCCUCUGACGAUGAGGAUGAUUUAGAGACUUUUAUAGAGGGGAAUCAUAAGAAGGGCAGGGCUAAAGUAGGCUAUACUUACUCGAUUUGCUUUGGUUUCUAGAUACAUAGGCACAGCGCUCAGGAGGGGAGUGUGGUAGGAUUGCUCCAGGUUAGCACCACCGCCGCAGCGAUUGAGGAGGGGCGUUGGUCAUGGAAAUCGAUCCCGCACACACGUAACACGAUCGCCCCAAAUGACGCCUGUUCUCAAUGAAAUGACACUUCUGAAUAGCCUGAACUAGCUAGAUCCUUAGGGAAAUGGUCAGGAUCUAUCUAGAUCCUAGAGGAAUCUCUUCACCAUGUUCCGCGAAUCCCCCAAAUACUACGAAGGCAAAGCCGUCAGGAUCGUAGUGAAAUGAAUGGACUCAGCUCGGUCCAGACGUUCAUAAUGGUCGCCCUGGGGGACUUGACUCCCGCCAGGGUCGAGCACCAAGGCGAGAGGGUUGAGGGAUGGACUCCCAUGCUGUUUUGCCGCUUGACUCUGAACCCGAUUGGUCCAUAUGAAUCUGAUGAAUUUGGAUGAAUUGAACCUACAGGAUGAAACGCAGCAAGAGACUUGCGUCACUUGCUUGCUUACUUGCAAUUGAGAGAAUUGAAGCUGUUGAUAACGAGCUCAGUGGAGCAAGCGUGUGUAAGUGUGUGUGAGUGUUCUCAAGUCCACGAACAAUAAACGUAUCCGCGCAAAAAUUAUAACCGACAAAACAAAAAUCAAAAAUGUUGCGCGUUCUGAGUGUACUGAAGAUGUUGUCGUCAACACCGUCACUCGCCGGCUUCUUAGUCCUGCACCUGCUGCAGGCACCAGCUCCGUUGGGUGCGAUCGCCUCUGGUCGUGCAGCUUCUGGUGGAGUAGCCGAACCCGUCUCUUUGAGAGAUCUGUUCGAUCUUAGACAAAGACUGCGCGAAAGGCUUCUUAAAGAUCAACGGCAAGCGCAAGCUGCGUCGGCGAAGCAGCCCGCGCGCAGUUCUCCGGGACCUGAAUCUGAAUCUGGUGCGUGGUUCAUGUCGAGCUUGAACCUGCAGCCACCAAGUAAAAGAAAAAGUAUAGGAACACCACCAACUCCCUCGACAGCUCCGUCGCCUGUCACUGGACCGGCACCAGAUAGAGAUAUGCUUCCCCAAGGAGGAGAAAAGCCGGAGCCGAUUGAAGCAUUGCAGAAGUCCUCCGAGUGCGAGUCAGGGACAAAGUCUUCCUCCAAAAAAGAUGGCGGCCACGACGUUAAACUUCUCCACCCUAAGCCCACGACCCACUUCGCUUGGAAGAAGAGGAAUGGCAGGACCAGAAGAGGAACAGGCGGCAGGCCGAAGUUCGGCCACUCUGCGUGCUCGGAAUCUGGAUCUGAAUCUGGAUCCACUUCGGACAGCGCGGAGUCAUCUUCUGGCGGGACCUCGUCGGGUCAUAUGAGCUCGUGUGACGAGGUGCCGGCGCCGCGGCUGGAGGGACGAUCUUCUGCUUCUGGGAAUAAUUACCAGGGGCCGGCGCCGAAGGACAACCCACACAUGAUCUCUAAACAUGUUCCGGUUUAUUUUGCCUCGCACGUCAGCGAGAACAACGAGCCUUCAAAAUCUGAUCCUCGGAAUGCCCGACUCGGCCCCGCUGGAACAGCGAAUAUGCUGAGAGACAUGAUAUUGCUUUCUCACCCCGUCCCCGUGCAAGACCGGCUCCUGUCAGAAAGUCACUUCCUGACAGCAUCUUCCACUUUAAGUGGAAGAGACAACUCUGGUGACCCGAGGAAUGCGGGGCUUGGACCCCAAGGAACCCAGGCAAUGCUCCAUUUCUAUAAGACGAUCUCGGGAACUGGAAGAGAAGCUGGAUCCGCUGCCGCUGCUGGUUCCGCUCAAGAAGAUGCACGAGCGGCCGCGCCUCCGAAGGCUGCGGGAAAAGGAACGCAAGCACCGGGAGCGAAAAAGCAACCCCAUUCGUCUUACAACGCAGAGUUUUGCGUGUAUUACCAUCUUCUAGCACAUGAUGUCGGCCAGCAGACUCAGAGAGCAGCGAUGGUCUCUGAGACCUUCGUUGAGCAACCGGAAGUAGAAGUAGCCGGUUUAUUCGACGCACCGACACUGCAUCUUCCUGGCAGGAGUUCGAGUGGAGAACAAGUCGUGGACGAGGAGCUUUUCAACACACACCUCUACCAGCCGUUGAUACGCGCGGCCAGGCGGGUGUAUGAUCAUUGUCUGAACCGCAACAGCAACUGCAAGGCGCGUGUGCGCGAUAGCGACAGUAAGGCAGAUUCACGUCACUGGCAGGCCUCGAAAACUUACGCGGUGAAGAAGCAGAAGAUGCAGAAUUUUUUCCGCAUAAACGUCGCCGCACCGGAUGCGGCUACUUUCCAAAGCGCGGUGUUGCGGAUGACACAAGAGCUUCGAGAUAUAAUUGCGCCACCAGCAGGGAACAAGAUAAUUCGCCUUAGGACAUAUAACGUACGACUGAACUUGCCACGGAGCGAGUUCUUAGCCGACUCCGCUUUCUGUUGGGAUGGCGACCAGAAUCCGCUGCAUGCUUUGGUUUUGGAAUGGGUGUUUCCAACUAAACUUGUCCGCGAAACGGGAGCCUGGUCUCGCGCGGGUUCGGAACCCCUGCGAAAGUUGAUUCGCACGUUCGAGUUGGGCAGCAAACCAGCUACCUUAGUGCUCCAUGAUGCGAGAUCCGAGGAUCCCAGCAUGAUGCGAGCGGGCGGCCCACGACAGACUGCACGUGGGAGCGACCGCGGUGGAGGAGCCGCUGGCACUAUUCCUCCACAACGAGGGGCGCCAGCACCGGCACCCCGCCACGAAGUAUUUACGUACCUGUGCGAGAUGUGGCCGACGCCGGGCAACAUGACGUGCGCGAGCCGGCCGGGAUACAUCAAGGUAGGGAUUCAAUUUAAUGAGGCAGUACGUGUCGCUGAUCAACACCUGUUCCUGUAAAAAAGUAUAGGGACGAGAAGGACCACCGCAGGAAGAAGCUAAACAAUGUCGGGAUGAAAAAGUUAGCCGCGCUGGGUAGCCACAGAAGAAAAUGCCGUUCGGAGUUCAUUGGUCAUACUUUUACUUGGACAAACAUCUGCUUCUCCUUCCUAAGGUUGCGGUGUGCAGACGAUUUCCUGCAAGUAAAAAUUUCAGUCGUGAGCGCGCGCUAGAUCUUCAAUUUUAAGAUGAAGAUCUAGCUCAGGGUUCAGAGCCUUCUUUAGAAAUCUGUCUAUCUUUCGUGAUUAUUGAAAUUUUCGCAGACGAAACCAGUGCACCUGUAUUCUUGCGAUCCUGUUUUCUAGUACGACGAUCGUUGCUCCUCUGCAGUUUGUAAAUCAGUGUAUCUGGUACUGGUGGAGAUACAACGACAAGGAGUGCUGGCUCUUUACCUGUGAUGUUAGAAGUCUACUAGCAGGGUAAUUCUAGUAGUUCUACCGUAUUUAUUCGGGAGACACCGAAACAAGGAGAGUUGUUACUAUAUCUAUUUCAUCUCUGAGUGGUUUGUGCUUUUUAAGCAUUCUAUAUUUUUCAGGAAGAAGCUGAAGUAGACGCCAGCUCGCAAGUGCAACAAUAUUUAUUGGGGUGAAAGCGAAAUCCCCCCUAUACCUCAAGCGUUUUGGUUUAUUUACUCCCCUGCCUUAGGCCGGCUCGCGCGAGGACGCUGGCACAUUCUUCAAAGAAAGAGCCGCGUUCGCGCAGCUUGCUUCAACAAGAAAGCGCUAUUGUUACUACGUACUUGUACUUGGACUAUUAGCUCUGUUUUCUGAUUGCCUUUGUUUUGAGAGUUUUACCCGUGUACAGGAGCUACAGUUCUUGUACCUGUCCAUCAGAUUAAGAACGUAGCAGGAUUGACGAAGAACAAAUUCCGGUCUUGUGGUUCUGAAUUACUGGCAUUUUGUUCCUGUGUGUUUCGUCUUCGGGACGAAGCAAGGUAGUGAAAUUUCUAUUAUCACUUCAUCUGCUAGUAUUGGACUGAUUUUUCAGAAAGGCAAAAGCAAAACAGAGUGAUAUCAAACAAAACCGAGUCUAUGCAAGUCAAAUUUUUAUG